AUGGACAGUCUAGAAAUGAACCUCUUGAUUGAGAACUACAUCGAUGAAGAAAAGGUGUGCCAUAAUUUUCCCUUUAGAAAAUUCCUCCUUCUAUUAUAUGCCUAUAGAAAUUACCACCAGAGAGUUUAUCUUCGGAAGAAGGAGCUAUCUAAUGCGGAGAAUGAUCAUGAUAGAUACAAGGGUAGCGAUUCGAAGAACGGGUUGGAUGGUGAUAAUCAGGAAGAGUUAAGUGUAAACUUGGUAAAGAGCCAGUAUAAUUUUAAAAAAAAAAAAAAAAAAAAAAAGGAGAUAUCUUUUGGUACCUCGGAGAGCAUUCCAAGUAACUUCAGUGCCAAUGGACGAGGUAAGGGUGUGCAAUAUGUUGGAAUUCCCGAGAUCUCUAACCCCACGACGGGAUCCACUCACACGGAUAACAUAACUCGUACCAGUGUGAUAACUUCCUCUGCCAGUGCCCAGGCGAACUUAGUUACCCUCGAAACAAAUGAGGACCAGGUGGAGGAGAAGUUUCUCGUACAAGGAAAGAACCCUGUGGAGAAGGCAUACAAAAAAAUAAACUUUGAAAAUAGAGCAGACAGUUUCAUUUUAUCAAAACAGAGAGAAUUGGCUGAGCUCGAUCAGGUUGUGGAGGAUUAUUCCGAAGACGACGUGAUAAAAAUGGUUUACUACUUUUUGUUUAAGUAUAUGUUUAGCAAGGACAGGAAAAAGAAGAAUAAGUUGAGGGGGAAGAGCAGCCUGCUGUGUAUGCUGGAGAAAGGGGAGGAUGAGCAAGCGAAUCCUAUUGAUGGGUCGAAGGGGAUGAAGAAGAGGAUAGUCAAUAGUGCACCCAGGGGUGUCGCGAGAGGGAGAGGGAAGAGUGGUGGGGAGGUCGAGAAAGGGGUGACAAAUGAAGUAAAGGGGGGAGCGACAGAGGAGUUGAAGGAAGGAACAUCAAAUGAGGUGAAGGAAGGAGUAACAGACGAAGUCAAUGAAGGGGUGGAAAACAAGGUGAAGGAAGGAGUAACAAACGAAGUGAAUGAAGGGGUAGAAAACAAGGUGAAGGAAGGAGUAACAGACGAAGUGAAUGAAGGGGUAGAAAACAAGGUGAAGGAAGAAGUGACGAAUGAGGCGAAGUUCGUAUUAAUCAACGAAACGGAGCAGGACGCACAGGAUAAACUGCUAAACGAGCAGACCAAGUGUGAAAAGGAGGGGGAGAAAACCGCAGAGGUAAGAGAGGUGUGCACGGGGGAGAACAACGUGGAGAUCAUUGGAUGUAGCGCCGAUAGUGUAGACGUGAAGGAUGCCACCGAUAACGUAGACGUGGAAGCUAUCGCGGAAGGGGAAGACAAAAAGGAGUUGUCAAAUAAGGAAUUCUGCGAAGUGAACAGUUCCUCGUCAGGUAAAGCAAACACACAUGCGGGGGGAAACGAGAAGAAUGGAAAAGUGUGUAUGAUGAUUGAGAACCACGAAGUUGCGGCGAAGCAAAAGGUAACAGAAGAAGCAGAAAAAGUAGAAACUGUAGCAACAGUAGCAGCGGAAGGUGAUAAAGUACCUCCAGCUGAAGAAGAAGAAUCAGACGGAGAAGAAGAAAAAAGAUUAGAACUAAUCAUUAAUACAUUUAUGAAUAAAAAACAAAUUUGUUUUUCAAUGAAUGAUAUUUUUUAUCCUUUCACUAAUCGGAAUCUGAACAUGUCUAGGAAGAAGCAACAAAAUAAAAAGUUGUCAAAGAAUAUAUCAUUUGAGCGUUCUAAUAAUAGAUUUUCUAGAAUUUUAGGACAUGUCGACCUUCUCGACCCACGAGAUAGUGCACCGUCUAGAAGGUACCUUAAGAGUAAAGUAAUUUCCGGUAAAUUGAAGAAAGGUCUAAAUCUCCUACUGAAACAUGAAAAGAAGAAGAAGAGGAAGUACAGGCGACAUGCGACAGGUGGUAAGGUAGACGAUGGAGCGUUGGUACCCAACGUUGGUGAGGUGGUGGAAGGUAGUCGCAUCAGUGCGGGGGAAAAUAUCGGGUACAACAACAAUGGAAACGUCAACGGAAGUACCUCCGGUCAUCCUGUUGGAAGAGCUGUCGGAAGGAAGAAAGGAAAUAGAGGUGCUGCGCACACUGCAAACGAUAAUGAAGAUAAUUUGAAUGUAACUUUGUCGACAAAAGAAAAUGAAGCGAAUUCUCCUAUCAAAAGUGCGAAGGAGAAGUCGGGGCGAGGAAGGAAUGGCGGAGAGAAGAAAGGAAUAAAGCCGAAUAAUGCACCUGUAAGUGUUAACCCCAUCGACGCGUGCAUCAGUACCGUGCAAAUGCAUGAGGCGCAGGGUACCGCCCCCCUUGAGAUGCUCGACACUCGCUUCGACCUGCACGGGAUGGGAGGAGCUUUGGAAACAAUAAAGGGUGGCAAGAAUGAUGCGACAGGCACCCCAAGGAAAUACACUUCAAAUGGGAGAAGCAAGCAGAGGGAUUCAGGUAGCACAUACGAUGGCUUCUUUAAUAGCGGUGGACAAGUAGGGGGGGUGAAGACAAAAGGGAAGGAGGGUUAUAGCAUGAUCAAUAUGGUGGAUUCAGCCGUGCCUAGCUACUACGCCGAUGGACAACAUGGGUACCAACCAGACGGUCAGAUGGGCAGCCAAACGAGCCACCAACUCAGCAACCAAAUGCACAACCAGAUGGACAGCCAGAUGGGUGGCCCGCUUAUCUACCAACUGGACGGUCAAAUGGGCAUGCAGGUCGGUAGCAAUUUUAACAGCCAACUGAGCAAUCACAUGGAUAGUCGUGUAGGGAGUCACAUGAGUAGCCAGAUGAGUACUCCCCUUCGGUAUGACAAUGCAGCCUACAACCACCCAUGUGGAGGAGGCCCAGUGAACAUGACGAAUAGAGGUUUCAGUAAGAAGGAGAAAACGGGGGCGAGAAAAAACGUACAGAAAAUAAAGAAGCAAUCGAAGGAGAGUGCGUUUUAUAAGGCUCCACCUGUUACGACAACAGCUGCACCCAUUUCUGGUGGAGGAGAUUUAUACCAGUACAACAACUUGCACUCGCCCAAUGACAUUGAAAAAGCUAAUGGAAUGAUACCCCCCAAUAACGGGCCAGGUAGCAAUAGCACCAAUGUCUAUAGAAUGAACAACACCGAAGACCAGAGGUAUGCACAGGAUGAUCACACAAUAAACCCCUACAUGAGGAAUGAAAUGAUAAAUAAAAUGGAUCGUGUAAACAAUGGCUAUAUGUUUAAAAGUACCAAUGACCAUGAGCACCUACAGACGAGUGUACCAGUUGGUGUCGAUAUGAAUCAACACCUAAAUGGAAGAAUGUUUGGGGAGAGACAAGCAGGUGAAGAGAUUCUGAAAGGGAAUGAGAUGCAGAUGGAUAUGUUUAGCGAGGAAUAUUAUAACCAUUUAAGUGGGACACCCCGAAGCAAAGUUAAGAGAAACGUAAAAAGCGGAAAGAAGGUUAGCAACAUUAGGGAACUCCAAAUUGUGGGAGAUAAACAGAAGGCUACUGCGAACCAAAUAGAGAGAGAUGUGGAAUUAGGACAGCGGACUGAGGAUGGUCGUGAUCCAGGUGGAGGCAAUAGCUCCCUUGGUCAUUGCUAUGAUGAUAGCAAGAGCAACUACCAAAACAGGAGGAGAAGAGAUGACGACAACAGUAACGACGGGAACACAUCAUGGGGUGGAGGAGGAGGAGGAAUAAGGAAGGGUUACCACAUGGGUAAUCAUAACAACAGCGGGAGAAGAAACAAUGUGCCUGGGGGAAGGCGCUACCAGGGGCAUGGACAACAACAGGCGCAACAACAGGCACAGCAACUGACGCAACAACAACGGGGUGGAGAGGAGGAGGGAAAUGAGGGGGAGGUGGGUACGACAGGUAUGGUUGAAUGUGGACCAAUUGAAGGGGUAGGAUGUGGGUUAGGUAAUGACUUGGCAAACACGGCGAUGAACCACUCCAUGGUGAGCACCCCCUUGACGAACCACCCCGCGGAAGAUUCCAGGAUGGGAAAUACCCUGUUGCAAACAAGUGUGAAUCACCAAAUAUUGGAUGGAAAGACAAGAGCAGAUAACACGAUGAGUGAAAUGGUUUCUAACGUGGGGAAUAACGUAAGAUGUACUAUCGUUGGAAAUGUUGCCUGCAUGGAGAGUGUCGUAGCAGGUUCUAGGGACAAGGCACUGAAUGGGAUGGCACUUCAUAGUGACCUCACGAAGGGGAAGUUAAAAAACGAUAUCAGUACCCUAGGCAAAGGAACCAUCAUGACGAAGAAACAGAACCAAAAGGGUACUUUUAAAGAGGGGCAAUUCGAACCAUCUAAUGGUACGAUGAUGGAGCAAAUAGGAAAUAGGAAUGGUAGAAGGAGUUGUGGAGUGAGCAUGCCGUAUGCAUCGAUAUUGGAGGAGCGAAGUGGAGAUGGUACAGGUAAUGGAAUUUUUAAUUCCGCACGGAAUGGAGACAUAAGUUGCGGUAACGGCGAGGGGGAAGUGAAGAAGAUGACUUGCUUGCAGGUGAAGGGAGAGCAGACUGUGCCUUUGUGGGGGGAGGCAAUGCAAACCACGAGGAUGGCGGGGAUAUUGAACCAGGAAGGUGCAAAGGGGAUAACCGAAAACGGUCAUCACGAUGGUCGCGGACAACACCAUGACCAUCACCACGCACACAAUAACAGAAGCAACAGUAGCAGCCAAAGUGGAAGUAGCAGAAAAGGAGGAACUAGCAAAGUAACUAUUGAUGGAGGGGCAAAUGCCAAGCUGAUGAGUGAAGAUACGUCGACAACGGGUUGUAGUAGCAUCGUGCACAUGACACAAGUGGCAGACACAGGGUUAAAUGGGAAAGGAGCGAACAAGCUUAAUUAUUGCGCCGAGCAAACGUAUUUGGAAGGUAUUAACUUAAGUGCUUCUACCUCCCUCGAUAUGUACAAGGAGCAAAAACAUACUGAUGUUAUCAGCGGGGUGUAUCUGAACCACGGAAUGAGCAAACCUGUUGGGGUGAGGGACAAUCAGGAGAUGGUAGUAGGCCCAGUUGGUGAUUCAUCCACCAGUAGUGAAGUAGGAAGGAAUCUCCAACAAUCAAAUAAGAGUUUGGCACUAGACCACCACGAUGUGAGAAACGGUUACAGUGGGACGAAGGAUGGAGCAUUCGAUCUGGAGAAUGUAAACAGAGUGGCUGAGAGUGGUGGCGGUGGUGCCAUGGACGAGUUCACCUUCCCGUUGAGGAUAUCCCAUCCGAAGGGUAAUUAUCAUGGAAGUGAAUCCUCAUCUGUACAGAUGAAAAAUGAUAAUGUACAACGUUAUGUAGACGAGAGAGAAUUAAACAAGCUGAAUAAUUUUACGAUUCAGGGGAUGGAUGGCGUAGGAAACUACAAGGAGGAAGUGUUGUACAGAUGUAUAGGUGGGGACGCGCAUGGUGGAGAAGGUGUCCUUGGUACGGGUGUCGGUAGCGGUGUUGGCAUGGGCACUGGCAUGGGCAGUGGCAUGGGUGUUGCUCCUGGAAAUAGCGAGAAUCGUCUGCCCCCUGUGACAGUGCAACAGCGGGGCAUGAAAAGGAAGGUUCCAUCUCUUUCGAUGACCUUGGAGGGAAGUAAAAAGUUGAAGGGAGGAUUAGCAAUGGCCCCCCCCGGUGCGAACAGUCGCAAAAGUCGGGGUGGCAGUCGCGGUGGAAGUGGUGGUGGAAGUGGUGGUGGAAGUGGUGGUGGAAGUGGCGUUGGAAGUGGCGGUGGAAAUGGCGAUGGAAGUGGUGGUAGCAGCAGUGACAGUAAGACUGAGGGGAAUAAAUUCAUGCACAGCUUAGCGCAGAAUUGUACGUCGAGCCGUGUGGAGAGUCAUUCGAUGAGUCCAUUGGCAAAUCAGCCGAGGAACCCACUUCCCCCUCCCGGUACCCUGAAUAACCAAGCGCAACAGGCCCUCCCCUUGACGAACGAUAUGUAUAUAGUUUCAAGGAGCGCAGUAAGUAUGGCAGAACCCGUCCCAUCCCCAAAUGGAAGGAAUAUUCCAAGAGAGGUACUACCCCCGACAACAAUGGAGCUAUCUAACCCAGUGGAAGUGAAUCCAGAUGAUAAGAAUAACACACAGAAGUUGGAAGCAAUGUGGCCCCCUGUAGGUAACAACAGCUGUGUCGGUUUCGACGUAAAUGGUAAUUAUGGGGAAAGAGGAUUUGUUGGAAAAACAGGCAAUAAAGAUGCUUCGACAGAAAAGGCAAAUGGGGUGGAGAAAGCCAUGAGUAGUACGUUGGGAAAGGGAUUACUGAGGAAUGAAAUUGGGAACGUGUAUGGACACAUUGCAAGGACAGUGUCUGAUGCGAAGGUGCAUUCGAUUCGAUCGGUUAGUUAUGCAAUGAAUGGGGAGAGUGAAAAAAGAAGGAUAAACGCUGGGGGCGUGCUCCAAAGGGUCGUGGAGGAUGGCAAGGGGGGUAUCGACAGAAUCGGGAAAGAUGGUAGGAACGUUGUCAAUGGAAACGGUAUCGGUAGCAAUAGUGGUAGCAGUGGCAGCAGUCAAAGUAAUGACAGUAGGAGCUACUCCCUGUUGAGCAACCAGAAGGAACAACAAAUCUCCCCCCACGGAGGAAUUCAGGAAUAUGCCAAGAUGCGCACGCUACCCACAGAAGGAAAACACUUCAUCCUCGCAAGUCGCGAUAUUUGUGGUAGUGGAAACGCCGGCGUUGUUGAGCGAACGGGGGUUCCUGAGAACAUAUCCGCAGAAUGGAGAGAAGUGCAUCCUUUUAAUAGAGAACCGAGUGGAAGUCGUGUCGUGGCGAAGGGUCGUGGAGGUAUGCAAUGUUAUCAAAACGGAAACGUAGGAGAGGGAAGGGGCGAAUAUGACAUUGAACACUUUGGUAGGUCAACGCCAAGAAAAAAGGUGUGCCAACAGAAGGAUUUACAACAAGAUAAGUUAGAAGGAGUAAAGGCCUGCAGCGAAGGGGUGAUGUAUGCUCCCCCCCAGGGACAAAGAGAUUUCUACAGUAACAAGGUGGUAAAUGAGAUGGGCAACGACAAGGGUAGCAGUGUUGUUCUUAAUAAGAACGGGGUGAAUCCCAUUUCGGUGAAUGGCCUUGGGGACAAGUCUAAAGUUGUCAGUAGCAUGAAUAACAUUUCGGGGACACCCAUGGAAGGGAAAUCUUUCGUGGGAACCUCCCUGGUGAGCACACCUUUGGAUGAUCUGCAAAGAGGGGUUAACAGUGGCGCAGCGAGAAAUGUACUGUGCAUGUGGGACAAAGGUACCAUUCCCUCGAAUGCACCGAAGAAUGAUAUUAAAAUAACUAAAAGGAUCGAAUUCCUUGAUAAGCCAAGUUCCAAUUCAACUACCAUCAAGGAUGAAGAAAAUGGAGUUAAGUUAAACGCCUCGAAAAAGAAAAAAAGAAAAGGAAAAGAUACUCUCUUACAGGAUGAUCCAACUGAAGUGAAGGAGCAGGCUGUGCCCGAUAAGACCAUCGAUGAUGAAUUACCUGUGUGUGAUAUGGGAGAGGAAAAGACAAAUGAGGAGGCCAAAUCGAAACCCAAACGGUCCAGGAGGUCUCGGGUCGGAAAGGAUGGAGACGACCAGGUUGUCACCGGUGCCUACGACGAGAACGGGGAGAAGAUUUCCGGCGUUUGGUACGACACUAAUAGGAGACUCUGGCGAGUCAUGUACAUGGAAAACGACAAGCGGAAGACGAGGGGGUUCUCUCCACGCAUUUAUGGGUUCAACCUCGCAAGGGAGUUGGCCGUGAAGCUCAAAUAUGAGAUGAUGGAAAAAAAUAAAAAGUGA